AUGGCUAACACGUUAAAGAGAGCUGCAUCUACUCAAUCAAAUGAUUUUUCCAAGAAAAGUAAAGUUACACAAGGGUUAACUGAACCAGAGGUGGGGAUUACCCAGUUCCUCAACCCUAAUGUUGUUGGAUUCACGGGGUCCAUCAAGACUUUAUAUUCCGAUUUCCAAGUCAAUGAAAUAGACAUGACGGGAAAAGUCGUCCAUUUGGAAGAUGACGGUAUUGACGUGGGUAAAUCUAAAAAGGAAAGGCGUCUCGAGCAAAGAGCGAAAGAGCGGGAAGAAUUAGAAGGGAAAUCCGAAGAAGAAAUAGCCGAAAUCUUAGCUACGAGAAGAGCCGAAGCGGAAGCCAAAGAAAAGGAACAAGAACAAUUGCCAAAGUAUACAUUGAGCGAUGAAGACAAAACCGAAUUGUUAACUCUCAUAACCGAAGAAGAGUUGAGCCAGGUUGAAGAGUUAUUCACCACCGGUAACAACUUUGAAACCAAGUCCUCCUUCGAUGAUAAACAACAAAGAGGAAACUUGCACCAGUUGUUUAGAAAAGCAUUCCAAGGUAAAUUAGAAACCGUAACUACCCCAGAAAACACAUUCAGAAUCAAAAUCGCAACCAAGAAAUCUCGGGGCCACAAUCAAAACCCCAUGGAUAGCAUGCAUCAUGUUGACGAAAAUGGAAUUAUGAAUUAUGGUUUGGGCCCAUUCAAGCCAUAUUUGCAUUUCACAUUGUUUAAGCAAAAUAGAGAUACUAUGGAUGCUGGUGCUUCAAUUGCUAGAUUGUUAAGAAUUCCAAGCAAGGCAAUAAGUUAUGCUGGAACCAAAGAUAGACGAGGUGCUACUUGCCAACGAGUAAGCAUUCAUAGAGGUAAAGUGCUUAGAGUUAACUCGUUAAACAAAGGGUUAACAAAUAUUGUUCUUGGAGGAUUUGCCUACGAAGACACGGGAUUAAAACUUGGUGAUUUAAAGGGGAACGAAUUCUUAAUCACCAUUAGAGACGUGGCCAGUGACUCCGGAGAAGAAGUGGCCAAAGUCAUUGACAGAUGUUUCCAAUCAUUAAGAGACCACGGAUAUAUCAACUAUUUUGGAAUGCAAAGAUUUGGAACGUUCUCUAUUUCCUCUCAUACUUUAGGUGUCCACUGUUUAAAAGAAGAUUGGAAAUCAUGUAUUGACUUAUUACUUUCCGAACAAGAACUGAUUGCUCCUGCAUCAGUAGAAGCCAGAAAGGUGUGGGCUGAGACUAGAGACCCUUCAGAAACUUUAAAGAAAUUGCCUCAUUUCUUUAGUGCUGAAACCUCAAUUUUGAAAGUGUUGGAAAAGGAAAAAGUCAAGGAAGACGGUGAUUAUAACAGAAAUGCAUAUUUCAAAGCAAUCAUGGCCAUCCCUCGUAACCUUAGAAUGUUAUAUGGCCAUUCAUACCAAUCGUACAUUUGGAAUAUCGUUGCAUCCAAGAGAAUUGAGUUGUUUGGAUUGGAAUUACAAGAGGGCGAUUUAGUAAUUGUCGAUAACGAACCAAAACCUAAGACUGACGAAGAUGACGAUUUCGAAGAAGAUGUGGCUGUAAGCACCGACACCAAAGUAAAGGCAUUGACUAAAGAAGACAUUGAAUCGGGCAAAUACACCAUAUUUGAUGUGGUUCUCCCUACUCCUGGAUUCAAAGUUACAUAUCCUGAAAACGAAACAUUGAGACAAGUUUAUGUAGACACCAUGGCCCAGGACGGAUUGGAUCCAUUCAAAAUGGCUAGACGUAUCAAGGAAUUCUCACUUCCUGGAUCAUACAGAAGCAUCUUAGCCAAAGCUGAGAACUUGACCUAUGAGAUUGUAAAUUACGAACUGAAUGAAGCUCCACUUAUUCGUACCGAUCAUGAAAUCUUGCAAUUGAAGAAACAAGGCGAAGUUGAACCAAAAAGAAUUGUUGAUUCGCAAGGGUCGAAAAUCGCUGUGGUUUUAAAGAUGCAAUUGGGUGUCAGCUCAUAUGCCACGAUGGCACUUCGUGAAUUCAUGAGGAUUGAUACUUCCAGAAUGAGUGAUUCUAUGUAUAAACAAUAA